AUGGUACUAAUAUUGGGACGCAGACUGAACAGAGAGGAUAGUGGGAUACGAGAUUCCCCUGCAACCAAGCGGAAAGUUUUUGAAAUGGACCCAAAAUCGUUGUCAGGCCCUGAGUUUUUCGACUUCUCCUCAGGAUCAUCCCAUGCUGAAAGCAUUCUCCAGAUCUUCAAUGAAUUUCGAGACAGCCGGUUGUUCACAGAUGUUAUUAUCUGUGUGGAAGGAAGGGAGUUCCCCUGCCAUCGAGCGGUUCUCUCGGCCUGCAGCAGCUACUUCAGAGCUAUGUUUUGCAACGAUCAUAGAGAAAGCAGAGAGAUGCUAGUGGAGAUCAAUGGCAUUUUUGCUGAAGCUAUGGAUUGCUUCUUACAGUACGUAUACACUGGCAAGGUGAAAAUCACUACCGAGAACGUGCAGUAUCUCUUUGAAACGUCAAGUCUCUUUCAGAUCAGUGUUUUGCGUGACGCCUGUGCCAAGUUCCUGGAAGAACAGCUGGAUCCUUGCAAUUGCCUGGGAAUCCAGCGCUUUGCAGAUACGCACUCGCUCAAGACGCUGUUCACCAAGUGCAGGAAUUUUGCGCUGCAGACAUUUGAGGAUGUGUCCCAGCAUGAAGAAUUCCUCGAACUGGGGAAGGAUGAGCUUAUUGAUUACAUUUGCAGUGAUGAACUGGUGAUCAGUAAGGAAGAGAUGGUGUUUGAAGCUGUCAUGCGCUGGGUGUACCGGGCAGUUGAGUUGCGAAGACCAGUGUUGCAUGAACUUCUGACGCACGUCAGGCUCCCGUUGCUACACCCAAACUACUUUGUUCAGACUGUGGAAGUGGACCAGCUGAUUCAGAAUUCCCCAGAGUGCUAUCAGCUGCUGCAUGAAGCCAGGCGAUACCAUAUCCUUGGAAAUGAGAUGAUGUCUCCCAGAACUAGGCCACGCAGAUCAACUGGUUAUUCUGAGGUGAUAGUUGUUGUUGGAGGCUGUGAACGAGUUGGAGGGUUUAAUUUGCCAUAUACUGAGUGCUACGAUCCUGUAACAGGCGAGUGGAAGUCACUGGCUAAACUUCCAGAGUUUACCAAGUCUGAGUAUGCAGUGUGUGCUCUACGGAACGAUAUUCUUGUUUCAGGUGGAAGAAUCAAUAGCCGGGAUGUUUGGAUUUACAAUUCUCAACUUAACAUUUGGAUCAGAGUUGCUUCUUUAAAUAAAGGCAGAUGGCGUCAUAAAAUGGCUGUUCUUCUUGGUAAAGUAUAUGUUGUUGGAGGAUACGAUGGGCAAAACCGUCUCAGCAGCGUAGAGUGUUACGAUUCGUUUUCCAAUCGAUGGACAGAAGUGGCUCCCCUUAAAGAAGCUGUGAGCUCUCCAGCAGUCACAAGCUGUGUUGGCAAACUGUUUGUGAUCGGGGGUGGUCCUGAUGACAACACAUGUUCUGACAAGGUUCAGUCUUACGAUCCCGAUACUAAUUCAUGGUUGCUCCGUGCAACUAUCCCUAUCGCAAAAAGAUGUAUUACAGCUGUGUCUUUAAACAAUCUGAUCUAUGUUGCUGGUGGACUUACCAAAGCAAUAUACUGCUAUGAUCCAGUUGAGGACUACUGGAUGCAUGUACAGAAUACAUUCAGCAGACAGGAGAAUUGUGGCAUGUCUGUGUGUAAUGGAAAAAUCUAUAUCCUUGGCGGAAGACGAGAAAACGGUGAAGCCACAGACACUAUUCUUUGUUAUGACCCUGCAACGGGCAUUAUCACAGGAGUGGCAGCCAUGCCCAGGCCAGUAUCAUAUCACGGCUGUGUGACGAUUCAUAGAUAUAAUGAAAAAGGCUUUAAACUCUAAUUUUUUUUCUUGAAAAAAGAAGAUGGCAUGAAUGAAUCCAGUGGUCUGCUGCAAGACAGGCUUUUUAAAGAUUCCUGAAAUGGGAAAGUGCCCUUUCCCUACCUAAGGGUCAUACGAAAAUUGUAUCCUGUGCCUUUAG